CUUCAAUCACACCCAUACCACACAACCAUGGCAACACGCGGUGACGACUUGUUUGCAAAGGCCGAGAAGAAGGCAAAGUCCUCAACAGGAUGGUUUAGCUCGUCGAGCUCAAAAUGGGAGGACGCCGGCGACCUCUUCCAGCAGGCCGGAAACGCGUACAAGGUCGACGGACGCUGGACCGAGUCGGGCAAGGCGUUUGAGCGCGAGGCCGACUGCCGACUCCAGGCGGGUGAGAAGAACGAUGCGAUGAACGCGUUCCACAACGCCGCCAAGAGCUACAAGAAGAACGACCCUGCGGCGGCUGUCAACGCCCUCCACGCCACCAUCAAGCUCAUCAUUGAGGCUGGCAACUUUAGGCAGGCGGCCGACCGCGAGAAGGAGAUUGCCACCAUCUACGCCCAGGACGGCUACGAUAUUGCCAAGGCGCGCGACAGCUUCCAGCGCGCUGGUGACUGGUACAAGCAGGAGGACGCCAAUGCCACCGCCAACCAGUGCUACCAGCAGGCGGCCGAGCUCUCGGCCGACCUGGGCGACUACCAGCGCUCGGUCGAGCUGUACACGACUGUCGCCGACUGGUCGCUCACGUCGCCCCUGACAAAGUACUCGGUCAAGGAGUACUGGCUGAGGGCGGUGCUGGCCGCCAUGGCGACGGGCGACCUCGUGCUCGCGCAGCGCCUGCUCGACACGUUUGCCCAGAAGGACGUCACGUUCCCGUCUACCCGCGAGGCCAAGUUUGCCAAGGAGAUUGUCGACUCGUGCGAGGAGGCCGACGUCGAGCGCUACACGGCCGCAGUGUACCAGUACGACCAGGUGACCAAGCUCGACAACUGGAAGACGAGCGUCCUGCUGCGCAUCAAGAAGGCGCUCGAGGACGACGACAGCGGUCUCACUUAGGGGCAUAGAGGAUGUGGUUCGUGUUUCUUCGAGCUGCGUGCCUGUGUAUUUGUAGAGGGGC